AUGCAUUCUGUUGUUAUCCAUAACUACUCCGGUAAUCUCUCCGCUAUCGAGUUUGGUGAGAAGAACACUAUACCACACAAUUUCUUGGUGUUUAUUGGGGGCUUAGGUGAUGGAUUUUUAUCCGUGCCAUAUGUGCCACCUUUGGCCGAGGCUAUCACUCAACGCUUCGGUAAAAGAUGGGUUCUUGUUCAAGCAUUAAUCAGUUCCUCUUAUCUCGGAUUUGGAACAGGAAGCUUAAGACGAGACUGUAAAGAAUUGUCAAAAUUGAUAAAGUAUUUGAGAACCACCAGAGGAAGCAAAGACUCCAAGGUUAUACUAAUGGGACACUCGACAGGAUCACAAGAUACUUUGGAAUAUAUGUCGAAAUAUAGCUUUUCGGGGGAUUGCCCAACAGAUCUGAAUAUUGAUGCUGGGAUAUUACAAGCUCCUGUCAGUGAUAGUGAAGGUUUAAAGGAAACUUUCGGGGAAGAUCAGAAUUUAAUCGCUUUAAUAGCAAAGUCACAGGCAUUGAUUGAUGACGGGAAGCCAAAUGAACUUAUGCCUGCUUCGUGUUUGAAAUACACAUUUGGAUCCCCGGUCACAGCUUAUCGGUUCCAUUCUCUCUUGAGUCAGAGGGGUGACGAUGAUUACUUUUCAUCCUAUUUGCACGAAACAGAUCUUAAGAAAUCAUUUGGGCACGUUCUGAGGCCCAUAUUGGUUUUGUACAGUGGUGAUGAUGAAUUUGCUUCCUCUGAUCUUGAUAAAAAUCAAUUACUUGUGCGCUGGCGUGCGGCAUGUGAUCCAAAGUAUUGGAGCAAGCACAGCAAGAUUGUGGAGGGUGCCACCCAUAACGUUGGGAAACAUUCCAAAAUAGGUGCACUUGAUCAGUUGAUUAAAAGCGUUCUUUCGUUUGUAGAGGAUGAAUUCGAGCGUGUGUUGUGA